GGCGCCAUUGCAGAAGCGCCUCAGUGGCCAGUUAUCGCACGGACGCAUACAAGAGGAAAACCCAGCCACGACGACAUCUCAAGGCAUGCGCCAUGGACAAGAAAGCUAUUCUAAAAAGCGUACCAGAGAUGCGAGUGACUCAGCCGACGGCUCAGAAUUUGAAGAAGACGUGGAGUCGUACCCAGAUCCAGAUGACGAAGUCCCGGUUUUGGAUAACAACCAUCCGCUGAUGAAUCUUGUGGAGAAGUUGACGAAAUUUGGUCUCGUCGUCUUCUCUCGAUGGAUUUCAACGCCAUAUGACGGGGGAAAGGAAAUUGUUUCGCCUCCAACAAGAAAACGACAAAAGACACAGGGGUUCGAAGAGUAUACCAACGUCAGAUUAGCUACGGACUCGGUGGAUGCGGGGACUGCCAUCAUCAACGACCCAAGAAUGAAGAAGCUCCUCUUUGCGUGCCCCUUUCAACUUCAUACGCCGUACCGACACCAUAGUUGCCUUAGAGAGGGUGGAUUUCCCACCUUCCGGAACCUGUCUCAGCACCUGUUAGCAGCCCACCGCCUGCCAUACUAUUGCCCUAUCUGUGGACAAACGUUCCCUAGAGGUGGAGUUCGUGAUGACCACAUUAGGGAAAGGUCGUGCCAGCUACGAACUGGGCUAGAAAUCGAAGGCGUAUCCGAGAAUCAAAUUGUUCAACUCGUUGAAGGAGCUGGUUCGCUACAAUCGAAGGAGCAGCAAUGGUCAUCGGUAUGGAAUUCAAUCUUCAGUGCAAGUGAGGGGCCUCCAAUGCCGUGCUUUGCAUCCAACAUCGAGGCAUAUAUCCGGUCACUCAGAUCCUACUGGCUGAAAUAUGGACAAAGUGUCAUCUUGGAUUUCUUAGAAUCAAGGGAGCUUCAAGGCGACGAAUCUCGCGUAAACAAACAAGAACUAAAGGCCUUGAACCACAGGACUUUGGAUCGGAUGAUCGACGAACUUCUCAAGCGUGUCUUGCCCUCCGAGGAUAGGAACCAGGAUGAGAGGGGAAUGAGAGGACUUCUGGAAGUUCUACGAGGGAUAUCACCUUCAUAAAUGUAUUUUAUUU